AGUACGGCCAGAAUCUAGUCGCUUCCAUAGGGAGAGUUCCCACCUGUAGAGAGUAGAGACUCCAGAGCCUCAUCUCUUUCACGCUCUCAAUUUUUCGACAGGCAGCCACGCAAUCAAGCAAAGCACAAAAACAUUAAAAAAAAAAUGUCGACUGCAAGAAUCCAACCAACAGUAACAGCAGCUUGUGUUCUGUCUUCCACAAUCAAACACCACUUCGGUUUAACCUCUCUCCGACUCCCUACGAACCACUCUGCUGCUUUUAGACGCCAAAGAAUCAAAAGAAACCUCACUGUUUCAAUGUCCGCUACUUCAGUUUCUGAACCUCUUGAAAUCUGUGUCAAAGCUUCUCUUACUGUCCCUGAUAAACUUGGUGACUGUCCUUUUUGUCAAAGGGUAUUGCUUACUUUGGAGGAAAAGAAUCUGCCUUAUGACAUGAAGUUUGUUGAUUUGGGGAACAAACCUGAAUGGUUCUUGAAACUAAACCCAGAUGGUAAAGUUCCUGUGAUAAAGUUUGAGGAGAACUGGGUUUCAGAUUCAGAUGUUAUCACACAAGCAUUGGAAGAAAAGUUUCCAGAUCCACCAUUGGCAAUCCCACCUGAAAAGGCUUCAGUUGGCUCAAAGAUCUUCUCCACAUUUAUUGGAUUUCUUAAAAGCAAAGACCCUGGUGAUGGAACAGAGCAGGCAUUGCUCGAUGAGCUUAGUGCUUUUAACGAUCAUAUCAAAGAGAAUGGCCCUUUUAUCAACGGGGAAAAAGUUUCUGCAGCUGAUUUGGCCCUUGGACCGAAGCUGUACCAUCUAGAGAUUGCUCUUGGGCAUUAUAAGAACUGGUCAGUUCCAGAGUCACUUCCCUACGUCAAAUCCUACUUGAAGGAAAUCUUCUCCAGGGAUUCAUUUGUUAACACACGUGCUCUGCCAGAGGAUGUCAUUGCCGGUUGGCGCCCAAAAGUCAUGGGUUAAAAUUUCUUAAACAUUCCUUUGAAUAAUUCUUUUGACAUCCGUUCUGAUCUUCUAUAGUUAAUGCGAGGUUGCAAGGUCCAUCAGAUUUACCUCCUCCGUGUGUACUUGGCCUUGAAACUAAAUAUAAUUUUUCUUUCAGUUAACAGAUGCAAUUCUGUCACCACAUUGUGGGGACGAGAAAAAUCUUCAUAUGUAUAUUUCAUGAAUAUGUCAGGGUGAUGGUAUAAAUGCCUUGCUAAAUGCUUCAUGUGCAUACUUAUACUUCCAA